GGGCCGGCCAAAGGGCCCCAGUGGGGUCAAGGGGCAAGACUUGGCGAGCAAGACAGUAGUUAUACAGUCAAAGCGUUACCAUAUUGAUGUCAAAGAAAACAGAAGGGGGAAGUUUAUUAAGAUAACAGAGAUUAAUGAUGUUGAAUAGCAUUAUUAAGAAAAAUAUACAUUAUCACUUUGAAAAACAUACGCCUGUCUCUUAUACACAUCUUACUAUGUUAAGUUGCCUCCAAGUGACCCGGAUAACUUACCAGAAGACGGGAUGCUUAAAAGUGAAAUGGUCAUGAAGGAGAAUAGACGUUACUACCUUGAUCUCAAAGAAAAUGAUAGAGGACGCUUUUUACGAGUGUCGCAGACAACAAUCCGAGGUCCGAGAAGUCAUAUAGCAAUACCUGCACAGGGUUUGGUGGAAUUCAAAAACACAUUAACCAAACUACUAGAAGAUUUUGGUACAGAUCAAGAGACAGAAUCUCAACAUGACCUUCCAGAAAGUCAGCAUUUCAAGAUUGAAAACAAAA